AUGACCAUCGCACAAGGGCCGUUCGCUGGGCUCGUCCGCACGUCGCACCCCUUUACGGGUCCAGCGGCCUUCUCGACGACGUGCAGGCGCCAGUCACGGGCAGACUACCCGUCGCUCGCGCACUUUACCGCGUCGGAAUACGCCACGAGCCACGAACUUCGAUACCAGCAGCAGCAGCAGCAGGAGCAGGAGAAGGCAGCGGCUGACCACAUGAUGCAGCAGCCUGCAACGCCGACGCUCCACUUGAGCAUCAACCCGAGACUGCCGUCGCUCGCGGGUCUGCUCAAGCAGAUGCAGGCGACGUCCCCCGUGACCGCAAUGCCGUCGCCGCAGCACUCCCAGCUGAGUCCCGUGUCUCGCGGACCGAUGCCGAUCCCCUCGUUGUACAGCUCGAUCAGUCCCACUAUGGUCAAGCGCGUGCCGUCGGCAGCUUCAAUGCCGCAGACGCCGCUGCCCGGCGUUGGACUGUUCUCGCUACCGUCGCACUUGAAGAUGAGAUCGUCGAUGGGCCUGAGCUCUCCUGGAAAGAAGCGCUCGUGGGCCGACGCCAGCUAUGCUGGGAAGGCUGCCAGGACCCGGGCGUCGUCCUGUGGUAGUCAGCCCGUACACCGCAAUCGGGCGUCCAAGUACUGCAAGAUCGAGGGCUGCGAGCGGGUAUCGCAGCGCAACAACCUGUGCCACAGCCACGGCGGCAAACGCCUGUGCAAGGAAGACGGAUGUUCGUCCAAGGACCGCGGCAAUGGGUUUUGUAUCAAGCACGGUGGCGGCAAGAUUUGCUCGAUGGCUGGGUGUGAGAAGAAGGCUCGACGGAAAGGGCUGUGCACGGAGCACUUUCGUGUGUCCGACGAGGUGUUCAGGAUCGACGGCGACGUGUACUCUCCGCGCAUGGCGGAGCAGUAUGCAUUUCGACCCGUGUAG